CUUCGUCACAAAAUAAAAUGUCUUCCAUUUUUGAAUUAUGGAUUCUAAAGAAGUACCGGUAAUUUUCAAAUUUUUAUUUGGAUCAAUUUCUGGAGCAUUUGCAGAAUCGAUAACAUUCCCACUUUUUAUUAUUAAGACGGUUAUGCAAACGAGUGGGGUCGGUUCUCGGAAUAAGGGCUACAAGACCUCAUUUGACGUGUUUCAUUCCAUUAUUAAAGGUGAAGGAUUUAUAUCCUUUUAUUCAGGUUUAGGCCCGGCAAUUGCAAAACACAAAAUGUUUUCGGGCAUUAAAAUUGGUGUUUAUCAGACUUUGGUUGAUUAUCACCAUAAACAGUUCGAUACUUCGCCCCCCUUUAGAGUAAAAGUGUUGUAUGCGACGACUAGUGGUGCAUUGGCGGGCUUUUUCAGUCAUCCCUACGACCUGGUUAGAAUAAGAAUCCUAACGUCACCCGCUGAGGAACGAAUGAGAUUUCGAGGAGUUUAUCGGACUUUUUGGGAAAUACGAAAAAAAGAUGGAAUCAGGGGGGUCUUCAAGGCUGCCCCUGUGACCGUUUUAAGAGCCUCAGUUGCCGCGAUUACCAAGUUUGUUGCAUACUCAGAAGCUAAAGAAUAUCUCAUAAAAAAUGAUUUAAUUGGCGACAAAGUCGCAUGCCACAUGUUAUGCAGUUUGGCUGCCACAUUAUGUAUGUGUUUCCUAUAUCUACCUUUCGAUGCAGUUAAAGUGAGGUUGCAAUAUUUUUAUGACUUCGAAAGUAUUCCUCAGUGUAAUAGUGGAUCUGUGGAUUGCUUUAUGAAAAUCGUUAGACAAGAAGGCUAUCUGGCUUUGUGGAAGGGCUUUACACCCGCCGUUGUUUGUUACGGAUUUUACAACAUUAUAUUUUUUCUAACUAUGGAAAACCUUCUGAGAAUGCAUAAAGAAGUACCUUAUUCUCAAAGAAAGAUAGACGACGAUGAGUUUUUCGAGAUUGGACCGUAAACACUUCAUAAUAAAAUAAUUAACGUAUAAAAAGCGUUUCGUCCUUUUAAUAAAUAAUACAUAAUUUUAUUAUAAGCAUUAAAAUGUUACCUGAAGUAUGUCCUGUGUCUCAAUAAGAUUUAUGCAAUUGAAUU